AUGGCCGCCAAUCUCAGCUUCUCAUUCUCUGAACAAUGUCCCAUCGCGAAGUAUCUCUUUCCUCUUUUUUCGAAUCUGGAUUGCAAUCAGCUUUCGGAACUGAGUCGCGAAUGCUUUGCGAUCUCUCCGGUGCUAUUGUCGGUGGCGGAAUCGCAUCAGGACAGGAUUCCUGACGAUCGCGAUUUCCAUCGAGCAUCCGACAGAGUCUCGACAGCAUCUGUUCCAUCGAGUCGAUUCUCGAGCACUAUUUCUCUAGGUUGCUUGUUAUUUCAAGGGAUAGUGAAGAAAAUCGAUCUUUAUGGGAAACUGAAUGGGCAUGGGGGAUGCGUGAAUGUAGUGGAGUUCAACUCCACCGGUGAUAUGCUUGUUUCGGGUUCUGAUGAUCGACAAAUAAUGAUAUGGAACUGGUUGGAUAGAAGCAGAACAUUGUCAUAUCCCUCUGGCCAUUGUGACAAUGUUUUCCAGACUAAGAUCAUGCCAUUAACAGAUGACCAGAAAAUAGUAACUUCUGUUGUCGAUGGACAAGUAAGACUUGGUGAAGUAUUGGAAAAUGGUCAAGUCAAGAUAAAAAGACUAGGGAGGCACCAUGGUCGCAUAUACAAGCUAGCUGUAGAGCCAGGAAACCCUAACAUAUUCUACAGCUGCGGCGAAGAUGGUUUCGUUCAGCACUUUGAUCUAUGAAGCAACACUGCCACAAUGCUCUUAUACUGCCUUCCCUUCAGCAAAGGCUGCAGGAAACAUCCGAGCAGGUUAAGACUAGAUGCCAUUGCAAUAAACCCGAGAAAGCCUCACUAUUUCUCAGGGGGUUCUGAUGAAUAUGCUCGAGCCUACGACAUCAGGAAAUGCCAAUGGGCUCCUCCUGUGUGUCGCCAAAACAAUCCGGACAAAACCCGUCAAACCUUUUGUCCGCGUCACAUCCGAGAAACCAGCAACAUUCACAUCACGGGUUUGGCGUAUUCAAAGGCGGGUGAACUGCUCGUCUCCUACAACGACGAGCUCAUAUAUCUGUUUAAAAAGAACAUGGGUUUAGGUUGCUCGCCGACAUCCCUCCCUCCUAAUAGAUUGCAAGAAAUGGAAGAAUCGGAAGUGUACGAAGGUCACCAGAAUGCAAAGACCGUUAAAGGAGUAAACUUUUUCGGCCCAAAUGAUGAAUACGACAUGGGCGGUUCAGAAUGUGGGCAUAUAUUUGUGUGGAAGAAGAAGGGAUGGAGGCUUGUUCGGGCAAUGGCGGGAGAUAGGUGUGUGGUGAAUCAGGUUGAGCCACAUCCGUACAUACCAGCUCUUGCUACCUGCGGGAUUGAGGCGAACGUUAAGCUCUGGGCUCCGAUGUCAAAUGAUAUUCCUUCUCUACCAGUAGAUAUUGAUAAGAUUAUGGGAUCGAACAGAGUGGGGAGAGAGGGCCAGUCGAGGGUGACACUUACACCCGAUGUGAUCAUGCAUGUCCUCCGGCUUCAGAGACGUCAGACUCUGUUUUACGUCGAGAGAAGAUACGACGGACCUUAUUCGGAUACCGACGAUGCCCGUUUCGUGGCGGGUUUGGUCGGAUAUGACGAGUCCUCCAGAGACUGCAACAUUAGUUAA